AUGGUGGUGCACCACCCUAUUCAUCAUGCCUUCUUCUUCUUCAUGCUCCUUUUCUCCUUCCCAAAUUAUUCACAAUCUUUAACCACUCAUGGGGACGAUGAAAGGGCUAUUUUACUUAUCCUAAAACAACACUGGGGGUAUCCAUUUUCACUAUUUGAGCAGUGGAACUCCAUUUCCUCCCCAUGUGACUGGCCUGGAAUUUCAUGCAACUUCAAUGCAAGUGUCACACGGAUAUCUCUCUCUGGAAUGAGCAUCCCAGGAUCAUUCCCGGCCUCAACUAUUAUAUGCCAGCUCAACAACCUUGUUUCAAUCAAUUUCAGUUCCAAUAGUCUCUGGGGAACUAUACCAGCUAACCUCUCCAGCUGCUCAAAGCUUGAAACCUUGGAUCUAUCCACAAAUCAUUUGGCAGGAAAAAUAGCAGGUGAGUUGUUUUCCAUGAAAACCCUGCGUAGUUUAAAUCUUCAACACAACAUGUUUUCCGGUGAGAUAUCAACACCCAUGGUGGCUUAUAGUUUGGAGUCUCUUGAUCUUUCAAGUAACCAUUUGAAUGGAUCAAUACCAGAUGAUAUAGGAAAUUUUUACAACCUUAGCUACUUAAAUUUGUCCAUGAAUACUUUGAGUGGUCCAAUACCUGCUACAUUGUUGCGGUUGCAUCAACUCUCUCAUCUUUCACUUGCCUCAAACAAUUUGACUGGUGAAAUUCCUGCUAGAUUAUUUGACUUGCUUAGUCUGAGUAGCAUAGAUCUUUCUCAUAAUCAUCUGAGUGGAAGUAUUCCAAGAGGCUUUGGAGAACUACAUCAAUUGCAGAAUAUUGAUGUAUCAUAUAACAAAUUUUCCGGAGACAUAUGUGAAUCUGUUAGCCAUAUGUGGGAUGCGAGACUAACCCUUAGGAUGUGCAAGAACCACUUUUCUGGGAGAAUACCUUACGAGCUAGUAAAGCUAAAAUUUGUGGACACAUGCCUUGAUCAUGUGAAUUUAUGUUCAGAACAGCUGUUUUCUAGCUCUGAACAAAUGGUUAUGGAACUCCCAACAUGCCCUUCCCAAAGCUUUUCGGGAUUAUACAAUUCCACUGCACAUAAACUGCAGAAGUUCCAAUGA